UAACUUGUCUUGAGUUGAGCACAUAUAUAUAAAUACAACACAAGCACUCCUGGUUCCAACAAUUUAUUUCUUUGCUUUGGGAAAUGGAGAAGGAGAAAGAGAAAGAAUCUAAGCUGAAGAACAAGAUCUUCAAAAUACUGCCAAAAGCAGCGGCUGCAGCAGUGAGCAUGACAUUCCAAAACCCUCCCUUCAGCCCAGGCAGGGAUCACAAGUUCAAACACCAUGGCGGCAAAGGGUUCUUCUCUGGCCCUAUGAUUCCCGUUGAAGCCAGAAGAAAAUCAAAGGAUGGUUGUGUUGAAACUCAAGAACCCACUUCCCCCAAAAUCUCCUGCAUGGGACAGAUCAAGCACAAGAAGAAGAAAAACCAAAUCAAAAAAGCGGCAAAGACCAUGUCCAUGCCUACAGAAGAAAAGAAACAAGCUUCCAAGUUUCAGAGGAUGAUGUCGUUCCACUCGGGGAAACCAAAACGACCCGCGGCGAGGAAACAGCAAUCUGAUGCGGACUUGGAGAGUGAGAGAUCACCUGCACCGCCGUUGGGUCACAUGAGGCGAUUUGCAAGUGGGCGUGAAACAUUUUCGAAUUUCGAUUGGAAGGCUCAGAUUGCUCCUGAGGAAAGGGAUUGCUAUUCGUAUUAUGAUGAUAGAUUGGAGAGCGAUGCAGAGGAUGAAAUCAUAAUCCCUUUCUCUGCUCCUCUUACCGUUGGUGGUGCUGCAAGUGCGCUUAAUCUUAAUGCGCAGCCACGGAAAGAGAUUAAUCUAUGGAAGAGAAGAACCAUGGCACCACCUAGGCCUCUUCAGUUGAAUCCCGUGCUUACGGCCAAAUGAUUCUUUUACUCAUUCAAAUUUCUAGAUUUUUUUUCUUUUAUUCAUUUCCUCGAUUCGCACAACUGCAGAUAAUACAAACAAAUACUGUUCUUGGUGGCUUGGAGCAUGUAUUUUGUUUUUCCUUUCCUUGUAUAUAAAAUAUGCUUAAUCAUAAA